AUGUCAUACGAUAGCGGUGCCGACGCCGUUUUCAACCCUGCGGAGGAUCCUUUGCCUUUAGCAUCCGGUCUAUUUAAGAAGCCAAAACUGGAGCCAAGCUUUGGAGCUCCGUUCGGCAAGUCUGAUGGACACUAUGAGGGAGCAUCAACUCAGCAGGAAGGGGACUUGGAAGGCGACAGAACGGCUCGUCGAGCUCGCGUUGCCCAUUUACCACGACCUCCAGGCGCAGAAGCCGAAGAUGAUUCUUCGCCUCCAUUUCCCGAUUCCACCGAGCAAGACGUCGCCCAAGAACUUCUUACCCCCGAGACAUUUAGUUAUUGGAAGGCAAACAAUCUCGUAGCAUCCAAAGAGCCUCUUUCUCGCAUUCCUCAGGAAAAUCGUAACGGCAAUCAAGGCUUGACGUUCAACACCUCCGCUGCAGCCAUAGGACCGUACCCUGAAUGGGAAGAUCUGAGCCUAGGUGUUCAAUGGAUCAUUAUUCUGCGCCUCUGUGAAGAGCAGUCGUUUAGUGUAGCUGUAUUUAAUCAGCUCAAGCUUCACAAGACACAGAUUCACAACUUCGUUACCACCUACAUUGAUCUCUGCGAUGAAUGGCACGGAUGGGAACGAGCUGCUGUCCAACAAUCAAAACUUCACACAGAUAAAGUUGACAGAGAAGGCUCAUCGCUUGUCGAGUGGCUACAUGAGAACCGCCCAAAACAGCCCAUCGACGACAUCACCGAUAAAGAUGCGAAAAGGGGCCUUCAAUUUCUGAGUGCACGUGGAGUUGUGAACCACAACAUCGAUUUGGACGAAUGGGUCGACAACAAAGACCACAAAUGCUUCGCCCAUAUCCAAAUCGAAAAAACCUUUCUAGAAAACGCCACAGAUCUCCUCAUCGGCGCUAUGAGCAACGAUGCCUUCCUUGGAACGUUUAAAAACGCCAUUCCCUUCAAAGAUGUUUGUUGCUGCAAGCCUGUGGAGAUUUCAAGCCAAGCCCAGACCGUUCUGAACACCAUCUCAGCAAACAUACGGACUGACACGCCAAUCCCGACUCCAGCCUCGCAGUACGAAACAGAGCAUGUCAUGGGCGAGACUCUCAAGUCAUUGAAGAACUUGAUUCCUGAGCUGAAGCCCCAGUAUGUAUCUGGAGUAUUGACCAAGACUCGAUGGGAAUAUGAUAAUGGAUAUCCUAUGGAGCAUGUGGCCAAUUACGAUCUUACUGGUUAUACGGCAGAGAUGCAGUACAUCCCUGAACAGGUGCACAAGAAAUCGUCUCGCGGCCCUGCUUCGCUGCGAAGCAUUGCUGGAAAGUCGAGUUCUCAGGCUUCUGGCCAUUUCGCUGGUCACAAGUUUGAUCUCUCCAAGGGUCAACCGGUGCAACAGCAGACUGCAAGGUAUGAAAACCAUCCUUCCCUCCGCUUCGACAAGUCGAAAUACGUCAGUCCCGCGGCAUUUGCCGCCGCUCUCGCAGGCAAACGCAAUGCAUCGAAGCCUCGGGUCGGAGCUGCUCAAUCGCGCUUUAUGACAAGCAAUGACAAGGGACAGCUCAUGGUUGGCAUGGCGGCAGAAACUUCUUCGGCGGCUGGACAGACCUUUCAGAACCCUAGGCCUACUGGACUGCCUGCUGAAGGAGUAUUCCGCACCCAAUUUGAGAUGUCCAUGCAAGCAAUGGACGGAGAGCCAGCGGAUAUUCCAGAUCUGAGAUUCGCAGAGGACUUUGAGGCCCAAAACAAUACCUCUGCGUUGGAAAGAAACCAGCGAGCACGACGACCUAGUGCCCGUGCUCGUGAAUCUUUGCAACUUGCUAUGGAAAUGGCACAAAGUACUGAAAUAACUCCUGAGAAGCCUAGAGGAAAAAAGGUUCAGUUUUCGAGACCCAGCAGGAAUCAAGCAGAUCAAGUCGAAGAUGAAAGAGAAAGGGGAGGCGAAAACGACGGUAAAAGUUCUUACCUGUCGUGGCCAGCGCAAGAUACCAGGAUCGAAGCCCCGGCGGCAGCAGCAGAAUUAAUUGGAUUCUGCAUCCGGCAGGGAAACGACCUGGUUCACCUGAACAACCCCAAGUUGCCGUCAUGGCCAGGUCUCGUGCACCAAGCCCCUACUCCAGAAAUAAGUUCCAAACGUCAACUGGAAGAGCCGGGUCACUCUGGAUCGGAGACUUCGACCACCGUCGGUGCGCAACAGGGACGACCUAGAAAACGACAAAAGGGGAGAUCGGAUAAGAUAUUUGGACUGCUCAAAACCCAGGAACUCAACUCGUGCCCGCCGCCAGUUUCUGCAAUUCACUGUGCUUGGUCGGCAGAGGUUGCUGAAUUUGCUGUCGUGGCCGAACAGGCGUACUAUGCUCUGAGAGCCGAUCACAUCAACCCCGCCGCGCAAGUUCCAGAGCAUCUUCAGAUGAGUCUAGGCGAGAUUCAAGCGACUCUCAUGUCCAAAGAGGCUGAGUAUAGACGAGCUGAGGCCAUGCUUCAAGGAGUAAAUGGACCAACUGCCAGGAGAGCUGAGCUUGCUGGUGUGGCUGACUCGGCGACGUUUGCAAUCUCUGCUACAAAGGCUUCUUUCACUCUCACAGGGCCUGAGGGCAUUCCUGCGUCUUGUCAUGUCCAAGAGACUGGCACUAAUCUACCAAUGCAGCCGCAGUAG